AUGUUCAUAGCAAGCUACUUCGAUCGGAGGGACAGGCUGCACGAGAAGAAGGAGCGCAAAGUCGACAGCGAGGAAGGGAAAAGGAGCCAAAUAGAAAAGGUUUUACAUAAUGCCCUACAUUCAUAUAAGGGAGAAAAGGCAACAAUUCAGAAAAGGGACGAACAGGAGGAAAUAAAAAAAAUCCUGUCAGAAUUCCUAAAGAGGAAGUUAAAGAAGACAAAAAGGAGGAAUACCACUAAGGGGUUUUCCCAAUAUUAUUACCAAAAUGGUGGCAGCUACCGCCCAGCCGAAGCGAGUUUAAAUUGUGUUGGAGACGAUUCUCCUGAUGAACUCUCAAGUGAUAGCGAAAUAGAGCCCACGAUAAAGGAGAACAAAAAUUUAAAACAUUGCGCGGAAAAAAUAACCCUACUAAGUAGCUUCUUAAAGCAUGACAAGCUAAGAGGUAUGGACAUACAGGAGGUCUACAGAACAAUCGACACGUACAUCGGUGAAAGUCAACUUAAAAUUGAUCAGAUAAACGAAAAAUUAGAAACGGAUGCGGAGACAGAAUUACGGAUUGGGAGGGAGAAUCUCUCCAAGUUGUGCUCCAUCAAAAAGGAGUUGGCAAAAAAUAAAAUCUUACAGACAGCAACGGAAGGAAGCUCUAAUGCCAUUGAACAUAUGAUAAGCGAAAUGAAAAUAAUACAAAAAUUGGCCAAGCAAAAGGAGUACAUUGUGAUCUUAAAAAAUAGCUUAACCAAACUUGAUUAUGCAAAGAAAUGUGCUGUCAGCAGAAAUUAUGAUGAAACGUUGAGCAUCAUUUUGGACAUUACUAGGAAGUUUCACUCAUUUAAAAAAAAUGGAAAGGAACAAAUUGCCAAGGGGAUUCAAUUUUUUCUCCCCAUAUUAACAGAAUAUUACAUGAGUAGAGCCCAGUUCUUACUCUCUAGCAUUUCUUGGGGUAAUAACAUUUCCAGCGUUCUGACCAACUCGCUGGAGCAGCUCCUAAACGAUGUUGCUGACGGUGAUGAUGAGUACUCGUUUAGGGCCGAUCAGGAGUUCCCCUUCACCGCGGAGGAACAACCGUCGGAAAAUGGAAAGCCCAAAGAGUAUCCCCCAGAAGAGAAUAACAGCAAUACCGCUUCGGGUAAUUACCCCAGUGGGGACAAAGCCUCAUCGCUCCAGGAAAAAAUUAAAAGUGCCGUCAUCUUCGACAGCACGUACAUUUCGCUUCUCCAAAAGGAAAGCCACGAAUUUGUACACACACUGAUUAGCUGGAAUUUGAUGGAAAAAAUAGACGACUAUUUGAAGGGCGAAAAGAGCAGGGGAGAUCAUUUUUCGCAUCAUCGCUGUGACUGCCCCAUGAAGUUUAUCGAUCAAAUGGCUAGCUGCAUAAUCACAUUUUUUAGGUCCUUCUUCCAAAAUGAGAAGAGCCCCCUUUUUAAAAUCGACAAACCGGAGUGGGGACUAAAAUACCUGCUUUACCAGUGCGUGAUUAGCAACAAAAUAUUGAAGACGUUCCUCAGGUUCUUCCUCGAGGGGGACCUGAACGGCAGCGUGGUGCUGGGCCAGGCAUUGCACGAUGUGUUCGUGCGCAGGGGGGAGUGUAUCAAUGAAGGGAACUUCAAGAAGAGCGACGAACAUACCGAUGUGCAUUAUGGAAGCCGCUUUAGUGGAGACCCGCCAACGGCGCAGGGGCGAAGCCCCCCAGAGGGUGUCCCCCCCCCAUCAGGAGGCGCCUACUUCACCACUGAAGAUAAUCAGCAAGAUGAAGACAAGGUAGACGCAAAACGCCUUUACAAAAAAUACAGCAUGAUGAGCAACGAACAGAAGGAGCGCAUCCUCUACGAUGUAACCCACUGCGAACAAGUGAUAAGGAAGCUAAAUUUUAAGAUAAUCACCGAGUGUAGGCUGUACAUACUGAGCAGAUGCGCCUACUUCAUCCAGCUCUACCAUGUGGAAGAAAAUAAGAGUGAAAUAAAAAAGGCGUUUUUAAAUUUCAUACACCAUGUUCUCAUGCUGUAUAAGAAGUGGAUGCUGUAUGAUGGGGUCAACUGCAGGCAUUUGUUGGACGACUUUCUAAACAACACCUUUGUGCGUGUUUUAGAUGUGGAAGGGUUCGCGCCCGAGGGGGAAAAGAAGGAGAGCAGCAGCGGCGGCAGCCACGACGCAGAUGUGGGCAUAGCUACAAGCGCAGCUACUGCUGAAGCUACUAGUGCAGCUGCUAGUGCACCUACCAAUGCAGCCACCCCCGCAGGUGCGCACCAAUCGAACCAGCGCAGCAUACAGGAACUGCUCAAAGCGAGGACGGAGGGGCCCGGCGAGGUGAAGGGCGUCCACAUGAGAAACUUCUUCCUACUCGUCGAAAAGGAAUUCCUCGUUGAUAUUUUGAAAGACAUGGCCGCCAACAACUGUUGCGUGCAGUUGAAGAACAAAAUAAUUCUGGAGGAGGCCGACUGCGUCAGCGAGUAUGUCCACAUUUUCACGGAGUUGCUGAAGAGGGUUACGAGGAGGAUGGCUCUGUUUCACCACGCCGAGGGGGGGGCAGGCACCCACCAGGGAAGCAGCGCCCACGAGGGAAGAAGCACCCACCAGGGAAGCAACCCUCCCCGGCGAGACCGCUUCCUAGAGGAGUACCUCCACCAGGUGGUGAAGGAGCUACUUCUCAUCGUCAAGGACGAAUUUAGACACCACUGGAACAGCAUAAGCGAUUUGAUAGGCGAAUGCAGCAACACGUGUCUGCUCUACGUGUCCUUCUGCUCGAUAAAUAAGUUCCUCACCAAUUACCAGUACAAGAACUAUUUAAAAGAAACCAUUUCGAGCUUCCAUCAACUGGAAAAAAAAAUGAUGAGUAACUUCCUAGACGCAUUUUACCAUUUCAUUUCUAUUAGAAUGUAUAAUUUAUUUUCGACGAAUAAUAUUUUUCAUGAGUACAUCCUGACCAACCUGUUUAAGAUGAAAAAAUGCCUCCCAGAUGACCUCUUCCAAAAUUUGUGUAGCAAAAUAUUGCAGAAAUUAGACUCCAAAAUUUUAACCUUCCUGAUGAACCAGAGUAGCACAUAUCUACACAACGAAUGUACAUUCAAUACGUUUAUUAGUAACGCUUCGCUCAUUCUACAUCAUUUGGAUGACCUUCAUAUGAAGGGAGAGGGUGGUGAUACAUACCCCAUGCCGCGUUUAAAAGAAAUCAUCAACCUGAUGACAGACGAUGUGGACAUUUUGAAGAGAAGAAUUCAGCAACUUAAAAGUAACUACGCUUUGUUGCUAAAUGAUCAGAAUAAAAAUUGGCUAGUUCAGGUGACCAAAAUUACCAAUGCGCUUUUGCGAGAUGAUGAUGAAGAGGAUUCCAGUGAUGAGUACUCUCCCUUUCGUGCCCAUCAUGGGAAGGACGGGGCAAAUAAGGCCUGCCAAAUUUCGCUCAAAAAAAUCAAAGCGCUCCUUUUGAGGCGGCCGGACAUCAGGCAGGUCGCGCAGAAGUCCAUCGUCAUCCAGGAGUUCAUCCAGGUGUAG